AUGGAUAAUGAAAAAAAAAGCUCGACUCAAAGCAGUCGCUCCUUCGAACCUCCUCCUAUAAUCAAGCCUCCAAAAAAACCGAACCAAGAGUAUAAACGACGCAAGCUACUCGGUGAGGGUGGGUUUGGAAAAUGUUAUGAAGUAGAGGACAAAGAAGGAAGAAUACUCGCCGUAAAAGUUGUUUCCAAAUCAUCGUUACGGAGUUCCAAAAAUAGAGAAAAGCUUCUUAGUGAGAUUCAAAUUCAUAAAAUAAUGGAUCACGCGCAUAUAGUCAAAUUUUAUGAUUGCUUUGAAGAUUCUUCAUUCGUUUAUAUGAUUAUGGAGCUUUGUGAAAAUAAAACUUUAGCUUAUAUGAAUAAAAGAAGGCAACGGUUGACCGAAGCAGAAGUUCGUUAUUUUAUGCGCCAACUCCUUGAUGCAUGCGAAUAUAUGCAUCGGCAUUUUGUCAUUCAUCGUGAUCUCAAGUUGGCGAAUCUCUUUUUAUCCAAAGAUAUGAAAAUCAAGAUCGGUGAUUUUGGGUUAGCGGCUCGAUUGGAACGCAAGGGUGACAGGAAAAAAACGAUAUGCGGUACUCCAAAUUAUAUCGCACCAGAAGUGUUAUUCGACCAAGUAAAGGGUCAUAGUUUUGAAGCUGAUGUGUGGUCUUUGGGCGUUAUAAUGUACACAUUAUUGUUUGGUAGACCACCUUUCCAGACGGAUGGAAAAGUUGAUCAAAUAUACAAGAGAAUCAAAGAAUUAAAAUAUGACUUUCCAGGAAAUAUUACCGACGUUUCCAAAGAAGCAAAAGCAUUAAUUAAUUUAAUGCUAACGUUGGAACCUGAAAAGCGACCAACAAUUCAACAAAUUCGGGAUAAUGACUUCUUUAUGCUAGGAGCUAUUCCAGCUGAAAUACCUGUAUCUGCACUGACUAUCGCCCCGAGUUUCGAGCUUCCACCACUUACAAAACCUCGCAUUAAUUUGUCACUUGCCAAUAGACGACCACUACGAGUCAUCCAUGUUGGCUCGAAUCUAAAUAAUAUGAAUUCUACUUCUACUUCGACUGCAAAGAAGUCUACUCAUCCGGUUGAAGUAAAGACGUCGGCAUCAAAACCUGGGAAUAAGUUAAUAAAUCAAGUGACUUCAAAUACCGAAACAAAUCCCACACAAGCUCCUAUUAUUUCUGUAACUACAAAUGCUACUGUUAAUAAUAAUAAUACUGCUUCUACAAGUAGUUCAUGCGUCACUAAAAAAGAUUCAUCAAAUAAAGCAAGGAUCGGCGUUCUUGAAUCAGUAUAUAAUACUUUAUCUACGGCAUUUGAUCAAAUAUCGGAAGGAAAGAAGUCAUUACCGCAUGUUUACGAUGAUAGUUACAAAUGGAUGGACUAUACUAAUAAGUAUGGACUUGGAUACCAGUUGACAGACGGUUCUGUUGGUGUGAAUUUCAAUGAUAAAACUACAUUGAUAAUGUCUCCCAACGGGUGUGAAGCUCUUCCAAGUAUGAAUGAAGUUCUUCCAAAAAUAAGCCCUACUUACACAUUUGUUGACGACAAUAGAACUCAUAAUAUGGAAUAUUUGACAAAAUAUAAACGUACGCCUCAUGCUGUUCUAUUUAGGUUAAGUAACUAUUUAGUGCAGGUAAAUUUCUUUGAUCAUGAAAAGAUCAUACUUUCAGAAGAAGGUCGGGUAAUAACUUAUAUUGAUGAAGCACGUGGACUUAACACAUAUACAAUUUCUGAGAUAUUAAGAGGUGAUCAUGCAACAGAAAAAAAUCGUCUGAAAUAUGUGAAAGACGUUUUAAAAAAACUUGUAGAAGCAGUUCAAAAAAACAGUAAACCCGAGAGUAAUAAAGUUUAA